GUGACUCUGAAGUUACUGUCUACUGACCGCACCAUCGUGUCAGCCCUUGUUCGUCAAGGCGUCUUUCCUUGCUCACCUAUAUCGCCAAUGGUGGGCAUUACAACAGAAGCUCUUGAAUUAUACCGUGUCAUGCACCUUCGGAGUCCUCACCUUUCUAUCCAGAUGUUUGUCAAAUCAGUGUGCGAUUUGCACGAGGUUGAAUUCCGCAGGCAUCUAUCCCGCCAAUUUUCGAUCGCAUUUGAUGCAUACCUUCAGGUUCGAUGCAACAUGGCUGCUAUGGUAGCCGAAUCCCUUCGGCAUGACUCGCCUGAUUGGCGUCUUCAACAUGCAUGUCCCGCAUGUAGGUACGAGCCACUCGACAAUAGCUCCCUUGGUCCUCUCGCACGAUCGCUGCAACACACGUGCCUUGUUGGGGCCUUCCACGGACAUGCACACCGGCGCUUGUGCCAGCUCUUUUCCCUUACUACCUACAUUAAGGGUCUGGGACUCGAGGAUCUCGAAACGUGCGAAUGCACAUUCUCAAAAUCUAAUUCACUGGCGUCUGCUCUAUGUUACGCGAGUAUCUUCCAUCGUCAACAGGCCAUCGACUCGUAUUUCGAGCAUAACAACGACUUCGAAGUAUAUGCCAAUAUUUCUAAUUUUUUGUAUCAUAACUACAAGCAAGCACUCGACGUGUUGAACGAUGGCGAUGUGACUCUACCGAUACUAAUGGAAGAUCUCAAACUCACCGACAAGAGCAUUUUCGAGCGCUGGCUAGAGGAAGAGAAGGUCUACCUAGAAGGUUUAACGCAAGAACCUGGAGACGAAACAUUGCACAUGGAGUAUUGGCAAAAGCUGGUGAAUCUCACCAUGUGCAAGGAGGCUCUUGACGUGGCGAUGACAGCCUUCCAGAUGAACUACGAGGUUGCUUCAUACGACGCACAGCUCGUCCAAGUACUUGAAUGCAAGCUUGAGAUUGUGAAGCGAUGGGUUCCUGAAGAUGUGGAGUGGCAGAUGGCGGGGAGACUUGUGGCUAACAGGAAAUACCAGCGGGCGCUGGAUUGUCUUGAGGGGUACAGGUCCGCCCUCAACACCUACAACUCCAUCGCCAGCUCAAUGUACCCUCCACGCCAGACUCUGAAGUGGGAAGACGUCGUGGAGUAUGUGUUCCUCGCAGAUUUCGACCUGCUACGUGACACGCGUAUGGACGUCUCUCAGCACCCUUGGUCAUCAGCCGCUGCUCGUCGCGCAAUGGACUUAUACUUCAAAAUGUGUCGGGCGCGUGAAGAGAUCGAGCGUCUCGAUAUUGAGGUACGACGCCUCGUGACCUAUAUACGCGACGAAGAGAGGUAUCUAAGGGAAUGCGAGGAUCAGUUAAAGGAUACCAGCACAGCCCUCACACAUCAAAUCGCCAUCCACCGAAACACCCGAGGUCGCUUCAACUCACGACACCUCAAACGGCUUUACAACAUAUCGAAACUUCCGGGCUUCAGUGGGACACUAACCCCUGGUGUCAGCGCUGACACAAGUCCUGGGGAGAGCGCGAGUCUAGCUAAUGCACAGAUCCCCACCCGGAUGCUUGUUGAUCCCCUGCCUGUUGAUCCCACUGCAUCUGCUUUAGACAUAGACACCCAUGAUGACCUUGAUGACGAGGAGGAAGAGGACGAGGUAGUGGAACAAGCAUCCAGGAGUUUACAGGAUGUCCUCCUUGUUGCGGAUGACUUUUCACGCCUCAGAAUUCAUGAUGCUGAAGAAUACGCAUUGUUUGUCAAAACGCGCCGAGAAUCCGACCGCAUUGAAGUGAGAUACUCGAGCUCGUCGUGUGACACGACGAGCUCAAAGGUUCCUAUCGCUAUGCCACGUUGGGCACGCUCUAUAAAGUCCCUAGCUAUCCAGGAGAUAUUGGAGGAGGCCCUGAGUUCCUAUAUCCGCCUGACCUUACAGGUGCGAAACACGUGCAUUAUCGCCUAUAACUACGGUGCUUAUGUGGGAGUCACAGUUCACGACACACAACGCUUCAACAUCACGCCAAGCCUGACAAUGAUCAGAGUUUCCUACGAUAACUCAACAACAAAUAGCCGUAAUGGCAGACUCUUUCGGGGUGCUACUGCCAGACAUGAGCCUCUCGGAGGCGCAACACUUCGGACCACCAUGAGUUUGCAAUAUUCGUUCUGGUAG